GUGCAAAUCAGAGGAUGACAUGAACGUGUCUUAACGAGUGACACUUAACGUUUAGCAAGUUCCCUGCUAAGUAAUUUUUGAACUUAACAUCCGUUUUGUGUGGAGGAUAUUUCAUUUGUUAAGUCUCUUUCAGACACUUAUAGGAGAGUGAUCGAUGCUUAAAGCUAGCUGGCUGUCAAAGUUAGCAGAAAGAUAGCAGAAUGUCUGCUUUAUCAGUGUAUUCCUGGACUAAACUCCAGUUGAGAACGCAGAGCAUAAUGUCUCUUCUCCAAAAGAAUGUCUGCAUUUGUCCAAAUCAAAAUACAAGGCAUCUCAGCUCUGGACAGCAGCACAGAAGGAGGGUUGUCGUUACUGGCAUUGGGUUGGUGUGUCCUCUGGGCACGGGGACUGCUGUGCCCUGGGACCGCCUGAUCAAAGGUCAGAGUGGCAUUGUCGCCCUGGAGUCCCAGGACUACAGGACUGUCCCUUGCAAAGUGGCAGCUUUGGUUCCGAGAGGGACGGAAGAGGGAGAGUUUGUGGAUGAGAGGUUUGCCUCACGUGGGGAGAUUAACAGCAUGUCCCCAGCCACAGUGAUGGCCCUCGGAGCCGCUCAGCUGGCCCUGGAGGACUCGGGGUGGUCCCCCAGGAGUGAAGAGGAGCAGCUCAACACCGGGGUGGCUGUUGGCAUGGGCAUGGUGUCGCUGGAGGAGAUCGCUCGCACCUCCGCUGCCUUCCAAGAAAAGGGCUACAACAAAGUGAGUCCCUUCUUCGUGCCUCGCAUCCUCGUCAACAUGGCCGCCGGGCACAUCAGCAUAAAGCACAAACUGAAGGGCCCCAACCACGCAGUGUCUACAGCGUGCACCACAGGCGCACACGCAAUAGGCGACGCAGCUAGGUUCAUUGCCCACGGGGAUGCCGUUGCCAUGGUCACAGGGGGGACAGAAUCGUGUGUCGGGCCCCUCUCAAUAGCCGGCUUUGCCAGGGCACGUGCGCUCGCCACAAAAUGGAACGACAGUCCCACGCUCGCAUCGAGACCCUUUCACCCAGAGAGGGAGGGCUUUGUGAUGGGAGAAGGAGCAGCCGUGCUCCUCCUGGAGGAACUGGACCACGCAGUGAAAAGAGGAGCCAGAAUCUACGCAGAGGUCCUCGGAUACGGACUGUCGGGGGAUGCCAGUCACAUCACUGCACCCACUGCAGAUGGAGAUGGAGCAUUCAGAUGCAUGUCUGCAGCCUUAAGGGACGCAGGCGUCUCACCGGAAGACGUCACAUACAUCAACGCCCACGCCACAUCCACGCCUUUGGGCGACGCAGCAGAAAACGCAGCCAUCAAGAGGCUCUUCCAGCAAAGCGCAGCCAACCUGGCUGUCUCCUCCACCAAGGGAGCCACAGGACAUCUACUCGGGGCCGCUGGUGCCCUCGAGGCAGCGUUCACCGCUAUGGCCUGCUACCACGGGGUCCUGCCCCCAACCCUCAACCUGGAUCGCACAGAGCCAGAGUUUGACUUGAAUUACGUCCCCUGCACGGCUCAGGCGUGGCGGACUCUGGGGCGCCGCAUCGCCCUCACAAACUCAUUCGGAUUCGGCGGCACAAACGCCUCACUGUGUCUCGGUAGCAUGUGAUAACACACUGGGACUGUUGUGUUAAAUAUGUGAUCUGACCCAGGCUGUACUCUUCACCUCUGAUGCGGUUUUAAUAAACUGACGAUGUGACCUCCUCCACAGACACUGGGACUGAUCCUGUGGGUUUUCAUCAACCGGCUUUGAGUAGUAUAUUAGGAUAAAAAUUCCGAUGGUAGUAUUCAAAUACACUGUGAAAGUCAGAGGACAUUGUAUCGUGAUCUGUGAACCAAGCUGAAAUACAGUGAUCAGCCACAACAUUAAAACCACCAGCCUGUGAAGUGAAAAACAUUAAUGAUCUCAUUAAUGUUAUUGCUGUUAUGUACUUACUAUUUAUUUUGACAAGCACAACUCCUUUCUCUUCCUCCUCCUCCUCCCCAUUGAUCAUUGUUCCAUUGGUCUCUGGUCCUUCUCCUUCCUUUGACCACUGUUGAUAGAUAGUGAUCAUAAAAGCAGAGCAGGAACACCCAACAAGAGCGGCAGUUCUGGAGAUGUUCCGACCCAGUCGUCAAGUCAUAACAGUUUCAUCCUUGUCAAAGUCUCCUGUCAUCAACUUUAAGGACAAAAUGUCCAACUUGCUUCAGACUUCACCUGUUAGUGGUUAUAAUAUUACGGCUCACAGGUGUACCCAGGUGUAGCUAGCCUGAAAGUCCCCAAAUGGUGGCCCUCGCUAUCAAGACUUGUACCAGCCACCUUUCUAGUCAGCAUUUGCACCAAGUUGCACCAGAAUAUAUUUAAUAUACUGUACGUCAGUUUGGUUAAUGCAAAAAAAAAAAAAAACAAGUUCCUCUUUCCUGAAGCGUUGUGAACCCUCGAAAAUAUAACACUUGUUAAUUACGCUACUCAUACAUUUUUUCAACAUUGCAUGCAUGUAGACUCAUGGCGAAAGAAUUUCUGUUUGACUCUGAAUAAUGCUCUGCCUUAAUGGCUUUAUAUGUUUGUGAUACCAUGUUAACGUGGCAUGUGGGAUACAAUGGACAUGUGCAGGACGGGUGUAGGGAAGGGAGGUGGUCCACUAGUUGAUGAUUUAAGGUGAUGUUGUUCUCUUGACCGGAUAAAGAAGUGAAAAUAAUCUAUAUGUGACAAACAUUGUUUGAUGUUCAUUUAAAGGGGGCACCGGUCUCAUGGAGGUAAUCAAGUAGGAUAACAGACGAACAGAAAAGAUUUUGUCCUUGAAAGCAUCUCUGAAGAAAAAAAAGGAAGAUCAGGCUGCUAAAAAAAAAAAAAACAGCAAUAAGAACCAGGGCUGUGUGAAUCUAGCUUUCAUUAUUAGUUAUGAGGUAGGCACGUGGCUUUAAGGGCCACACCAGAGACCCCCUGAACGGGAGCUGAGCCCCCACCUGCUGAAUCGAAGCCAGUCGACUACCCAGCUAAUGACCCCCCCAACUGGGAGAGGGGCUCCAGCAGAUCGCAGAAACAAUCUCCCAGAAAAGAGUGCAGAACCAUCCACUGGGUGGCAAACUGACAUAAAAUUAGAUACACCAGUGAAGACAAAUGCGUUCUAAUACAAGCGGUCCUGCACCGAUGGCUCUAAUGGAGGUAAUUCCACCAAAUGAUCAGCCUGUGGAGCUGUUAAAGUGGAGUUAAAGUGUUUCUGUUAUUUAUCCGAGAAAAAUGACUAAGAUGGCGCUGUCAAAAUAAUAGGAACAUGUGUUUGUACAACACCAUGUAAUUCAGUAGUGCUACAAACCUCAGCCUUUAGAUGAAAACACAGGUGAAUCAGGAGCUCGCUCAGUCGUAACAACUCCCAAAUACUAUAAGCUUUGUAAGGCUAAGAGUUAGUAGAGCAGAACUGUUCUAUUGGAAAGCUAACAAGUGAUUGCACACACAUACAGUAGUAAAUAUACAUGAAGAAUAUACUGCACGUUUACGAGGCAUCUGUUUAUUCUUGCACUGAAGUUUCUUGGAGCAGGAGACUGGGGCUCUAGAACGUAUAGUUUUUACAAUUUACAUAUCUUGUGUAUCAUGCGUGCUGUGUGUGUGUGUGUGUGUGUGUUGUUUGGCACCAGUAGGUGGCAUCUGUUCACCGCAAGUAAUACGUCGCUUGGAAUUAGCAACACAGAUCUAAACAAGUUUGCAUCGAGCUCAUUUUUGCAAAGCUAUGUUAGAUCGCAUAGCUUUAGCAUUGUUUGUACAAUAAGUAAUUAAAUAACGCAGAAAACCAAUCAGUGUGGUCAAGAAAAAUAUCUGGAGGCAGUGUUGUGUAUUGUAUAUACAGAGCUUUUUAACCAUGCAAAUCAUAUGCAAAUGAAAGAAAGAAAGAAAGAUCGGUCUAAACAUAAGCAUUUAAGACUGAUUCUUAUCAGUAUCAUGAUACCAGUAUGAGAAGUGGGGAAUUGGGGAAUUAAAAUACUGAGUCAUCAGGUCGAUUUUAUUGCGUUGUCAGAACUUGAAACCAGUUCAAUGCCAAGUGACGCAGGAAUAUUAGUGAGCACUGAUAUCAGACCAAAUCAAUAAAUGAAUGUUUUUGCAUUG